AUGAGCCAAAUAUUAACUAAAAUGGACUGCAAGAAGAGCCAACUUCCAAAAAAUGAAAAUUUCAGAGUAAGAAGGACUUUAAAGUUAGCUGGUUCCAAGAGACAAGUUGUAGAGAUCAAACGUUUACCAACACUCAAAAAUCCAGUAUCAAAGGCAAAGUCCCAAGCAUUACUGGUUAGGCUGUCUGCUUCAAUAAAGACGGAUUUGAUAUCAUCGAAAUCGACUGUCGUUGAUUCACCAGUCAAGCAAGAGAAGAGCAGAGUUAAAGAUGUUUCGAACUUCAUGGAAAUGGCAACAGCGCCUUUAUCAUCUCCGCCAAUUUACGUGUUAAUAAGUAAACAAUCCAGCAUGUUCAAAAAGUUUCGAUUUUUAAACUCUGAUUUCUUUAUUGGUCCUUACAAAAUCAUCAAAUUGAUCAAAUCAGAAUUAUACAACAUUGAAGUAGGUCUAAGUACAUCAUACAACACAAUUUUUCCUAAAUCCGUCUUGAGACAAUACACAAAUAUAGGCUAUUCUCAAGAAGCACCUCGAAAUACAUAUAUGUUAAAAUCAUUUGCUAAACAAAGUUUAAUUUCAGCAAUUGUUGGAUGGAACCCUCAUGACAAACUAAUUGCCAUGACUUUUAAAUGUUGUCAUCCUUUACAUUGUGUUGUUUUCGAAUUAGUUGAAGCGGCAUUGGCAAUUGAAUCAGUUUCAUCUACUUUGUUUACUCAAUUGGCGAUUGAAUUUAAUGACGCUUGGAAGAAGAUGCAACAAAAUGGGGACUUAUCCAUCACUUCUGAGAUGUUAAAUUGA